AUGGCCAUCGAAGAAUCACAGAUUUCGGACUCCGUUUCGGCCAUAUCCUGCGGGAGGUUUGAAGACGAGCGUUUGCCCGAUUUGCCUAUUGGUUGCUAUUGUUGUCAGGUUACCUACAUGGACGGUCUCAUCUACUCAAUAGGUGGCCAUGACGGCCGGAGUACACUCCGAACCACGUACAUCUAUGACACGCAAACUGAGGCCUGGGGUCCAGGUCCGUCAAUGAGCUCUGCACGCUACCAGCACGGGAUCGCUACCUUCGAGGGCUGCAUCUAUGUUCUCGGAGGGCACAGCGGUUCCGGCGUCCUAGCCACGGUGGAGUGCCUGCGUACAGACGCUUCUGUUUGGUGCAGAGUAAGGAGUAUGCACCGCAAACGCUGGUACACCUCCGCGACCGUUUUCGAACAGAAGAUCUGUGUGGUUGGCGGCUGCAAUCAGUCGGCUCUGCAGAGCGUUGAGACCUUUGAUCCGAAAACUGGAGAGUGGAAAAACCUGCCGGAUAUGAAUUUCGCUCGUGUUGGGGCGGUGGCGGCCGGGUGGACUCGAGUAGCUGACAUGCACAGAGAACGCUUUGGUGGUAGGCUUUUUGUUCACAUACAUUCUUUGUUUGUCGUUGGAGGUCUGCGCAGUGAGGCUACCGUCGAGCGUUACGAUCCCGAACGUGAUCGGUGGGUCCUUUUACCAGAUCAGACCAAAACAUGUCGCUGGAGCUUCGGUGCCACCCUGAUACCCCGAAAACUUCUGCAUCUGUGUUUUGUCAAGCGAAACUGGUGGAAAUAA